ACAACUAUAACAUAAAGUUCAUAUAUAUAUGCUCCAUUUAAACCUAACCAAAUUACACUCCCUCGUUCAUUAAAUUCUCCCAUAUAAUUUUUUUUGUUCAUUUAUUAAAAAAAAUUUCCUAAUGACAAAGGAAGUAAAAAGUGUAACAAAGGCAGAAAAACCAUGGAGACCUAUAACAACAAAAUGUUGUUCAGUAGAGGACUCAGUGAUCCUAGGGAUAAAUUUCGGUAGGAAGACCGGAACAUCAGAGCUUAUGUCAAAGAACAUUGCACCGUUGCCUUCGUUUCGAAGGCUGGCUUAUUCGGGCCACCUUAGCAACCUGAGUAGCUGCUCGUCGCAGCGGAUAAACGAGGACUUGGCUCAGUCGUUUGGGCCGGACUUGAUAGAUUUUCAGUUGAGUGAGUUGAAGGCUAUAACGCAGAAUUUUUGUAGGAGUUAUUUGCUUGGGGCAGGUGGGUUUGGAAAGGUGCAUAAAGGGUAUGUUGAUGAGAAUUUUAAGAGUGGGUUGAAAGCUCAAGCUGUUGCUGUUAAACAUUUGGAUAUUGAAGGGUUACAAGGUCAUAGAGAAUGGCUUUCUGAGGUGAUAUUCCUAGGGCAGCUAAGGCACAAAAAUCUGGUAAAGUUGAUUGGAUAUUGUUGUGAAGAUGAAGAACGUCUCCUUGUCUAUGAAUUCAUGCCAAGAGGCAGCCUAGAAAAUCAUCUCUUCAAGAGGCUUUCCUUAUCAAUGCCAUGGGGUACAAGGCUAAAGAUAGCAAUUGGAGCAGCUAAAGGCCUUGCUUUCUUGCAUGGAGCAGAGACACCAGUCAUAUACCGUGAUUUUAAGACCUCCAAUAUUUUGCUUGAUUCUGAUUUCACUGCUAAAUUGUCUGAUUUUGGGCUGGCUAAGAUGGGCCCUGAAGGAUCCGAUACCCAUGUUACUACUCGGGUUAUGGGCACCUAUGGUUAUGCUGCUCCAGAGUAUGUUUCAACGGGACACUUAACAACCAAGAGUGACGUCUAUAGUUUUGGGGUGGUCUUACUCGAAUUACUUACAGGAAGGCGAUCAAUGGAAAAAUCGAGGCCAAAGGGAGAGCAACACCUAGUUGAUUGGACAAUGCCAUACUUAUCUAGCAGCAGGAAGCUGAGGUACAUUAUAGACCCAAGGCUAGGAGGGCAAUACUCGGUGAAAGGAGCAAAGGACAUGGCUCGAUUGGCUCUACAAUGUGUGAGUCUAAACCUGAAGGACAGGCCAAAGAUGCCCAUGGUUGUACAAACACUUGAAGGGUUGCAAAUGCACAAGGAUAUGGCAAUUGCUUGUGGAUUAUGGCCACCACCAAAUACAAAAACAAGUCGAAUUAAUGGAAAUUCUGCCAAAGGCAGGGGUUAUUGUAAACCCUCACCUGUUGCACCAAUUAGGAAAACAUGAUCAUUUGCUAGUUGGUAAAAUAAAAUUAUAAGAAGUAUGUUAUUAUUAGUGAAAAGGGGGUGUACCCAAGUUAUGAUAUGUUAUAUAUGUUGCCAUCAUAUAUAGAUAAUUAGGUGUGAUAAUAAUAUGUUAGAUCAUGCUUAAAUAGUUGUUAGUAUAAGUUGUAUAGGAUAUGUAUUAUAUAUGGUCCUACUUAGCAAAGUAAGCAAAACAACUUUUUAUAGAAACUUUUUUUUAAUGUGA